UGUUGAUGUUGUGUUGUAUAUUGUUGUAUGCAGUGUCAUUCUGUAUGCUGUAUUGAAGUUCGUUCGUCUCAGUACAAGUUUUGUUAGUUCUGGUUAAGCGUACAUUAAAUGGGCUCAAUUGUUUGUACCGCUGCAUCGGUGAGUAUCGAUAAAAAAUAUGAAUUGGUUCUUUGAUAACAAUACAUCAACUUCUUCCAACCAAUGUAAUACAUACAGCCAGCUGGUAUACAGUGCAGUUUCAUUUUUCCUCGUUCCUUCUGGUGAAUUCUCAAGGUAUUCCUGAGGUUAAUUAAACUUGUCUAAAAGCCAGUUAUAGGCUAUGUGAACGAUCACAUCGUCCACUUUCUCCACAUACGUCUUGACAGGACGGUGUUAUUUCAAAUUAUCAUGCUAGUGAUCUUUUGUAUCACAAUUGUCAUCUUUGAUUUCUGCGGGAGUUAUCGGUAGAUCAAAAUUCUUUGAAGCUGUGAAUGAAAUUCUGGAAACUCUGGAAUGGGGAGGGUUAAAGGAUGCCAUAAAGGGUGUAGAUUUUUAUUUUUAUUAUUAUAACAAUAAUUAGCAAUUAUCGGAUGAGGCCAAUUAUGAUAUGAAGAAUUAUACAGAUCGCGGAGGGUGUUAUCUGAUUAUGCCCUUCAAGAGCUGCAUAACUUUUCAUAUCAUGAAAGCAAAAUCCAAUAAUUUCUUAUCUGUUAAAAAUGUGGUGACAGGAGUGCAUUAUGACAAAUAACAUUGUUUGUUUUUGUCCGUUUAGUUUGCCUGUUGCUGCUGUUCUACAGCUGCCAGUUGUUGUUGUGCGUGCUGUCCAUCAUGUCGCAGUUCAACGUCCACCCGUAUUAUGUAUACUGUGUUUUUACUACUGGGAACUAUUUUGUCUUGCAUCAUGUUAUCUACAGGCAUACAAGAUGCAAUGGUAGAAAAGGUAUCGUAAAGUUUGAGUUAAUCUAUCAACAGCAGGCGUUAUUGGUAGGUGUCCAUUUUAAUAAUAUAUAUCAGGGCCCAGUUGGAAAGCAGAUUAACUUCUUAUUUACUUACUUUGUCCAAUCUCCAAAUCGAGCCAAUUCUAUGGCUUUUCAAUCACUCGAAACAUGCUACUCAGGUCCAUACUCCUAAUAGUACAAUGUAGUUGCAGUUUUCCGCUAACUAGAAUUAUUUGGAUCAUAUGCCACCAGUCAGUGUAGUAAGGCCAAUAUACCAGUUUGUUGAUGAUUGACCAAAUCCACUACAGGAGACUGUACUGUCAGGAGCACUGCAGCUAGCUUGCGAGUCAGGUUCAGGUUUUUUUGGCUCUAGUUUCUGGUUUCACCCGCCGGGUGAAACUAGAAACUAGAGCUGAAAAAACUGGAUGCUGUCACAGGCUACACUAUUGCCUACCCCAGGAUUAUUUGUCGUUGAGGCUUUAAGUACCCCUCUAGUAGUAGAAUAAGAUUGCAGUAAUAAUUGCCUUUAGCUUUUAGUGGUUGAUAUUCUAUGGGCUUAUUUGACUUUUUUUUCUUACCAUAAGGUACCAUUUUUGAGCGAAGCUUGUGAGGCAGCCUCAUUAGAACCAAAAUGCAACCUUCUGGUUGGAUACCUGGCUGUUUACAGAAUUUGCUUUGGAAUGGCAGCGUUCUUUUUUCUUUUUAUGAUUUUAAACUUUGGUGUUAGUUCAAGUAAGGAAUGCAGAGGAGGACUGAACAAUGGGUGAGCAACAAGCUCAUUCCCAGAUUCCUCCCCUCAGUAGGGGAGGAACCUGGGAAUGAGGUUGGGUGAGCAUCAGCACCGAAAAUAAUAAAUUGUUUUGGACUUGCCUUUGGCUCAUGAUUCACAAAAUUAGCCUUUUGUUACAUUAUCGCUUUUCAUUUAAUAAGUUUUGUCAGAGCAUUCAAUUUGUAACUUAUGUUAUGCAACCAGCUACAUUAACCCCCAUUGUUAAUAGCAAGUAAUUAGGUCUUUUCAUAUCUUUUGUUUAGAACAGUAAUGUGUGUUUCAUCUAUGUGAAUUUAGUAGCUCUACUUAAGGCAGUUUUUUUCUUUUCAAUCAAUGCAUUAAAAUGUUUCAGAGUUUAGUCUAGACUCUGUUUUCACCUUUCUCAUGUUUUCUCAAUAUCAAUGUCUGUCGCUUAAAAAAGAAAUGUAAAUUGUACUUGAGAGUAUUGUAUAUAUGCAUGUAAGCUAAAAAAGAAUGUUUUGAUUUAAUUUUAAACUUUAAAGGUUUUGGGGACUGAAGUUUCUUCUUUUGGUGGCUUUGUGGGUGGCUGCAUUUUUCAUUCCUCGAGGGCCAUUUGGACAAGGUUAGUCAGACCAAGUGAAUGCAGUGAAACUCUAUUUUCUUUUCCUUUAAAAAGUACUCCAUAACUUUUUAGCAGAUUAAUUCUCAUAGAAUGUCAUGAACAUCAUUCAGAAAAACCUUAAAACCUCAAAGCAGUUUUGAGUGCUGCUUUGUGAGAGUAUUUUGCAAUGUUUGGCAGAUGGAUUUUUCACUAGAAUUUGGAUGAUUCUGUGUGAAAAUGUUGAAGCUGUCAGUGCCUGCAUGAUUGUCAUGGCUUUUUGAGUAUAGUUUGAAAAUUUCUGUUUACAGCCAGGUUUAAAGGGGCCAAAAUUUUCUUGGGCCCUUAGUUAAGCAGACAAUAAAUACUAAAAUCCACUUCAAAAAAAGCCUUUAUAAGGUACUGUUAGACUUGAACAAAACAAACUUAACUAAUAACGUAAAAAGCAAAUUGAACCACUCCAUAUAAUGAGUAUGGAUGUAGUUGUUUCAGGUUAUGUACUGUACAGCAAUAUAAUAAAAAAUAUUAGCUUAAAUGUAAUCAAAAGGGACAACUCCUGCAAAUGUACCACAAACGCCUGGUCCAGCUUACACUUUUUGUCACACUUAAUAUUGUCAUUGCUUUUCCCAAGCUCAGGAUUAGUAUCAUUUCAAUAACACUUUUUGAAAAUAAUUUUCAGCAUGGAUGUACAUUGGUUUUAUUGGUGCCUUUGUGUUCAUUCUGAUCCAGCUGAUUUUGAUGAUUGACUUCGCACACACCUGGAAUGAAAUUUGGUGAGAUAAACCCCACUGUACCAGAUUUUCAUACCCUGUCUCAUACUAAACUACUUGAAAGUUAAGACCAUGAUGGAAAUCAGUCAGAAAAAGUCAAAAGAAAUAUUGUUGUAGGGGAUGAUUGUGACGAUAACCGCUCUUGACUUCUUCCCACUAUUUUGCCAAAGACUAAAAAGGGGUUAUUGUUAAUGGACACUUUCUGAGCAGUAUUUAAAUAAGCAUUUCUGGUUUUAUUAUUAGUUGGAGAGGGCAUUGUUGUUUCCUAGUCCAAAUCUGGCUAAAUAACAUUUGGUAUUCACUGUAGUUUCAGCUUUCCAGGUCCAUACAGUUCACCUGACUUAAUAAAAAUAAAUGUUAAACAAAUGGCUCAGCUCAGUGUAUACUUAUUGAGUUGUGGCUGCAUGCAGGAUGUGGAGUAAUUACUUGUUGUGUUUAAUAGGGUAUGUCUCAAUUUGGAUUGUAAAACCAACCAAUAUACUGAGUGCGCACUAGCUUUUGUCAACUAUUGGUCAAGUACCCAUUUCACUACCAGUAUUAUUAGAGUGUGUUCUAAAAUACUUUUUUUGAUCUUACAUGUAGGUUAUAACAGCAAGUAAAGUUUAACAUAUCAAUAAAGAAAGUUCAUUAGAAUGUUUGUUUCACCAGGACAUCAAAGGCUGAUGAUGGCAACAAGUGCUGGUAUUCUGGUGAGCAUUUACUAACAAUGAAUUUAGUGAAACAGCAAAACUAUAAAUUAUUGUUAUUGUUACUUUUUUGUUACAAAAAAGAAUGAGAAAGUUGGCUUUUGUAAUAGCAUGGUAGAAGUGAGCCACCUUCAGCUGUCAUAUUAUACAUGAAAUGUAUAUUAUCUUUUUGUGAUACAUGUACUUUUGUCAACAGUGGAUGAUUGAUUCGAGGUACUCUUCACAAACGCUCUGUGGGUGUCUGGAUAGCACAGUGUAGACCUACAGAAAUAAACUGUAGUUAUUGAUUCUACAUCCAUUCUACAUGUACUUGAAAGGAUUUGUUAUUAAUUUUUUAAAUGAGUUUAAAAAACAAGAUGAUUUUCUUUGUCCUCCCACUAGGACUUUUCUUCUUUAUGUUUGUCUUUUUUGCCUUGGCACUGACGGGAUUUAUAUUAUCCUACGUCUUUUUCACAGGGGUAUGUGUAGAUUAUAUUUGUUAUAUAAACUAGAUUGAAAAGUCUCUCAUUACAUACAAAUAUGAUACGAUAAGUGACUGUAGAACUAGGUGCUAAAGUAUUGUUCCUAUAAUGGCUAUCCUUUGGUGACAUAAAAGUCAAUUUAUUUGAACAAUUAAACCAACUGAAAGAACCUUUAAUAUUUUACAGAUAUAUAAGGGAUAGGAUUUUUCUUGGUCUUUUCCAUUCUACCUAUUGUCAGGUUUUCAGUGACGUUCCAGAGUCUCCAGGGCAGACGUGUCCUAACCAGCAUAGACAGUUUCUGAUUACAGCAUGGCUUUCAGUAACAACAAUAUCAAUAUUAUUUUCACCCAUGCUCUUUGUAAUGUAUAUGUUGUAAUAUCAUUAAUAACAGUUUUGAUCGAUUGUGGUUGUUGUAUUUUCAGUCAAGUGGCUGCCACCUGAACAAGUUCCUCAUCAGCUUUAACCUCAUCAUGUGUUUUGUCAUCUCUGUGAUCUCAAUUCUUCCUAAAAUUCAAGAAGGUGAUCUUCUUCUUAUAGCGUAGUUUUAGUUUUUUUGUGUGUUUUCCACUUGGGUUUGGUUUUCAUUUACACAAAAGCUACUGUAAUGUCACAUAUCAGGAUGUUCAUGAGGCAUGGGAGAUCAAAGAAUUCCCCUGUUAAUUAUGUAGAAUUCUCCGGCAAAUGUUCGGUAGCUUAUGACUAUUUUGUACUCCCCCAGACGUGAAGCCCCUUUCAAAAUAUUCUCGUGGAAUGUUACACCUUCCUCCUGCUACUUGAAUUCUCAGUGAAAACCCUGCAUGCAUAUGAAAGGUUGUAUGGUGUACUUGGAACUCAGGAAUUUGAUGUUCUGGCACGUAGUUUUUGCUCUUUUUUUCUUUUAGCUCAACCCAAGUCUGGUCUCCUUCAAGCGUCCAUUAUCUCCUUGUAUGCAAGUUAUCUUACCUUGUCUGCUCUUUCCAACCAGCCAACAGAUCAAGGUAGAGCUUUAUACAUGUAUAUGCAUUAUUUACCAAGCGUGAGGUCAAGAUGGCUGGAUUUUGCCCAAUUUUUGCUUGACCAAGAUGAAGUUACAGUCUAUAAAAAUGCCGAAAAUAUUUGAAAAAGAAAAGAACAAGGCCAAUAUGUAGCCAUGUUGACCAAACAAGUUUGGUCAAAAAUAGAUUUCUUAUGUGCAUGUGCAAUAAUGGAUGUUUUUCUUGCGGAGCCAAUGCAAGUAAUCCUGAGCUUGCUAGAUAGAAGAUGCCCAUCUUGCCUUCUUGGGUAGCAAAUCAGAACUCAGGAUUUUCCUCACGUUGCCCACAAGUGGAAACAGCCUUAGUUAAUAAACGCCUCUGAAUUCACAUUUUUAAAUACUGUUAAUGUAACGGUUUUCACCAUUGUGUGUGCUUGUUUGUUUAAUGUUACUUCUUUUUAUUGUCAUUCCUCAUUCACAAGGAAAAGAAAUUUGUGGAUCUUCCUUGGGAACAAUUGAAAAUUCAGAGACAGUUGCUUUGGUUGUCGGGCUCCUUGUAAUGUUUAUUCUUGUCGUUUAUUCAAGGUCAGUCAUAUUACCAUUCCCCUCUUUUUUCCCAACAAAAAUAUUUGUGUUGUUAACUUCAUUUUCAGUUGGCCAUAUUCUGAAAAUAAAAACUCAUAAAAAUUUUAAAUGUGUAAUAUUAAAGAGUCUCUAAUAACGGUGAAUCACUCUCUCCGAAACCGCAUCUUUUUUAAACGGCUUUUUAGAUUGGUUAAGGUCCCGUCCAUUUGAAUGUGGAUUAAAAAAUGAUUGUACCAUUUUUCCUACUUUUUACGGUGUCAUGCGGUUUCAGAAAUGUGUGGGUUCAUGUAGAUGGUUCUAAGUGAUAGAAUGCCAGCUCUUUUAAGGAAUUUCUUCAGAGACUUCAUAGAUCUGUACAUGUAUGUUCCAUCGACCCCAUAAAUGUUAAAUGUUUGCUCGGUCACUUGCGACCGAGGGCCACACCACUUUUUCCAAAUUGAAAGCUGGCCGUAAGUUGAAUUAACGUUCGACACGACACGGUUACUACUCCUGUAACGUUUUUUUUCCAGCAUAAGAACUGUUGGAAGUGCUGAUAAACUGGCUCCAGCCGGGCCUUCAAGCAGUUCCACCAAAGGUAGGUAGCUUGUACCACUAUUAUUUCCGCUAAUUGCAAGUUUUCGAAGUAAAGUUUGAAAAGAAACUACAAAAUUGAUAAAACUGGUGGUCAUGAUACUAAAGCAGAACAUUCAAGCAGUUUACUCUAGGAUAGGGUAUAUAAAUCAGAGCGUUUGGGUCUAGAAUAGGGUAUCAUUUUUCAGGAAACUGAUCAGUUGGUUGAAGAUUUUAUCUAGAUUAGGGAAACAGCUACUCUAGGAUAGGGGGGAUUUGGGGAGUUUACUCUAGUAUAGGGUAGCAAAAUUCAGCUGAACUAGCUCUGGUAUAGGUUAAGGGUUCCAGGGUUCCAGCAGCUCAUCCCCACCGAGAAAUUCCUAAAUCCCCCCCGCCCCGGGCAGAGUAGGCCCGUGGCCAUUCUCGAGUUGCCCCAAGCCUCUGUUUCAAAGCGAGGCUAAGUACGAUGUUUGAUGUUUUAUUCUCAUGCUAAUAAAACUCGUGAUGAUUUUCACAAGAAAUGUUUUGCAAAUCGGACGUGGCCUAUUUAGACCUACGAAACACAGUGCCAGGAUUUCCUUUCCUGAUCACGAGGGAGUGAAUUGCAUCCGCUUCCACCGUUGUCAUGAUAAGUUAUUUGGCUUUUUUAUUCUCUCUUUCAUUAUUUAUAAUACAGUAUUUUCACUUUCACCUCAGAUGAUGAAGAGAAAGGACAACAGUUGAUAAACGACGAAGAAGAUAGCGUGGCGUACAGCUAUUCUUUUUUUCACUUUAUUCAUUUCCUGGCGUCAUUGUAUAUCAUGAUGAUGCUAACGAAUUGGUACAGGUACGUGGCAAGGGGUGUGACACCCUCUAAUUCCCACUACAGUCAACUCCCGCCUCGCUGGGAUAGCAGAGCAAAAAUUAUGAACGUUUGACAGGAACAAACUCUCUCUUGCUUACUUGCGAAUACGCUUAGCCUUUUGAUCCUAACAUCAUAACUGUUAAAAACUUUGCUAUGAUUACCAGAUCUGAGUACAAGAAAAAACCGAAUGAAUUGUGGUCUAAGUAAUAAAUGAUGCCAUCUUGCAUGGAAAUGCCCUUCCAUAAUCUGCCACGCGCUUAUAAGGUCUUCCCACUCAUAAGCACCCCCCGCCCCUAUUGAUAGGCCCAUCUACCUAUACACAACAAAAAAGGCAUUCCAUUAUAAGCCCCCCUUCCCCAGAUGUAACCCCCCUCUAGCAUGUAUUGAAAUGAAUUUGAUUCAUAACGACUUUGUGAAGCUUAAUGAAAAACCAGUAAAUGCAAAACUUAUUUUAUCAGCACUGCUAUAGUUUGUUUCAAAGCGUUUUAAGUCCCUCCGUUUAUAACCCCUCCAAACCCCUCACGAAGAUGUAUAAGCCCAGUUCUUUUAAGCAGCAGUUUACGGUAGUUUCUUCUCUUAUCUUUUUUUUCAGUCCUCAGGGUUCUAAGCUGGAGGAGUAUCAGCGGACGAUUGGUUCAUUGUGGGUGAAAAUGGUAUCGUGUUGGCUCGGUUUUCUGCUUUAUCUCUGGACACUUCUUGCACCUAUUUGUUUCCCUGGAAGGGACUUCAGCGCUACCCUCUCUCGCUGA